GUGCUGAGCCGUCAUGUCAUUCACAUACGUCGGGUCCAUCAACGACAACUUGAUUUGUUGUAUCUGUAGGGCAACAUUCAUUGACCCAUGUACAACUCGAACAUGCAGUCACACUUUCUGUCGAGAAUGCAUAACGACUGCACUCUCAGUAUCGCCAACAUGUCCUGUCGAUCGCUCUCCUUUGACGGUAGAAGACCUCAUCCUAGCAGACCCUGUCGUACGAAAUCUCGUGAAUGAGCUCCUGGUCGAGUGUCCAAACAAAGCUGCAGGUUGCCGAGAUACACCUCAAAGACAGUUGCUCGAUGCGCAUUUGCGAGGUUCCUGCGAGUACAUGAAGGCUGAAGAUACUACAGAGGAUGUUGGAUCGAAUGUUGUGUCUAAGGAGACUCUUGAAGCGCACCUGGAUGAAGGGGUAAAUGCGGUCUUUUUCAUCAGUCAUAACAUACUGAACAUUAUAAACCAGCAACCGUCUGCCGAGUCAAGCGCAGUACGCUGCUCAUUGUGUCAAGAGAGAGUCCCUCGCUCUUCCCUAUCUUCGCAUAUCCCUGCCUGUCAAGACACUGUCGUGUCGUGUACACACGCCUCAAACGGCUGUUCGUGGGAAGGCCGUCGAUCAGAUCUUUCAGGUACACACAUACCCUCAUGUCCCUACGAAUCCAUCAAGGGCUUCUUCGCAAUUCACGAACAGAAAGUUAGUAGUCUCAAGGCUGAGAAUGAUGUGUUGAAACACAAAGUCGAGCAGCUGGAGGGACUGGUGAGGGUGCUCACUAGAGAAUCUGGGAUCCUGAAGGAGGCCCUUGGGCCUUGGUAUCGAGCUGGAUCUUCGGGCUCGGUGCCAUCUUCCAGCUUUCAAUCAUAUAAUGACCAAAUACUUCGACCGAAUGCAGGAUACGCGACCUCUACUACGCCUGCAAACGCUCGAUACCCCGAUCAAGCAUCCCCUUUCGAUGUAGAAUAUCCAGACCAAAUGGACUCCCUGGCCUCAUACUUUCCUCGGUUGGAGGAAGACGAACAAUAUGCUUCACCGCAAACGUCAACUGAUUAUCAGCUAGACCGCCGCAUACAACCACCGGUUCUAUAUUUGCCUCGUUCUUUACAUCCUCAAUCUGCAUACCACGUACCACACUCUGGCCCGUCGUCCUCUCAUCAACCUCAACCCCCUUCUCACCCGUCUCUUCUUCCCCUCCCGACUGCGACCAUCACCACUUCCACUUCCACUUCAACACCAACCCUAGCCCCAGGGCCGCCUCCUUCAGCAAUCACACCAACAUCUCCUAUCGCACCUCUCAACCUUUCCGGAAAUCUUUUUGGCGCGCUCACAUCGUUACACAAUUCACUCACAACAUUAUCGUCUUCUGUCGACUCACUCGCUCGUCAGCAUGAAGUUCACAUCGCCACUGAAGCUAUGCGGAAUACGGAGGAACUGAGAAGUCUGAGAACAGUUCUGCACGGGCUCCGGAUGCAGGUACACUCUAUCAUGAUGGAUCGGAAUGCUCAAAUGGCUGGGAGACCUGGCGGGGAGGGGCAAGCUUCCGGGCCUGAAAUAAACGAUCCUAGAGAUGGACCAUGGAUCCCGCCGUUCCCAAUCCCUCGCUUUCCCCAUUCUAGUGUAUCUCCAGGUCCUGUCACGAAGUUAUGAGGGGUAGGACAAUUCACCAUCUGCUAUGCAUUUCAUAGAUUUCAAUGUGGUAUUCAAGGGUUGUACAUUAUGCGGAUUACGCUAUUGCAACGAUAGAGUCCAGGUUAUCUCCUGUUAUCUCUGUAAGCUAAGCGAUGUGCGGCUUCUUCCUUCC